GGCCUACUGAUGUACAUAAUAACCGCUUUCACCCUAAUGAUGGCCAUGACUGUAGUAGAUGUGCUAUUUGCAGUCGCUGCCGCCACUGCAAAUUAUGAACUAUUCACAUGGGUAAAUGAUCGCGUGUUCUGGAUAAAUGAUUUUAUGGUCAUUGUACCUCCGCUUUCUCUAACGUUGCUCUCCGCGGAUCUUCGCCACGCCAUUCUGAAGAUGAUUCCCAAGUCAAAGUCACCCAAUUUCGUAACUCCAGUUUCACGUUCCUCUCGUGGAGGUCAGUGUUUUGUUCGAGUAGUGUAG